GGCAGACCCUGCGCGGGGAAAGAUGGCGGCGUCCAGGUGGAGGUCUUUAGGUGACCAGGGUAUGGCGUUGGCGUCUGGGCCCGCAAAGCAGGCGCUUGCUGGUUCUGGGCGACUCGGCCUUGGAGGCUGCGGCGCUCCAAGACGUGGGGCCUACGAAUGGGGCGUACGCUCCACGCGGAAGCCCCCGCCUCCUCCCCUGGACAGGGUGUACGAGAUCCCUGGACUGGAGCCCAUCACCUACGCGGGGAAGAUGCACUUCAUGCCGGGGCUCGCGCGGCCGGUCUUCCCGCCCUGGGAUCCUGGCUGGACGCACCCAAAGUUCCGCCCCUCGAUCCCUCUUCACGAGCAUGCACUGUACAAGGACAAGGCUUGCUACAUAUUCCACGAGCGUUGCCGUCUAGUCGAGGGUGUGAAGCAGGCCCUCUGGCUGACCAAGAGCAAGUUAAUAGAAGGACUUCCUGAGAAAGUGCUUAGGCUUGUGGACGAUCCGAGGAACCACAUAGAGAACCAAGAUGAGCAGGUUCUAAACAUCAUCUCUCAUGCCCGUCUCUGGCACUCCACUGAGGACAUCCCCAAGAGAGAGACCUACUGCCCAGUCAUUGUGGACAGUCUGAUACAGCUGUGUAAAUCCCAGAUUCUCAAGCAUCCUUCUCUGGCCAGGCGGAUCCUUGCCAGAAACUACUCAUUAUCUGCCACCUGGAAUCGAGAAUCUGUUCUCCUUCAGGUCCGUGGUACUAGUGGCACCCGACUGAGUGUAAAGGAUCCUCUGCCCCCCAUUGCCUCCAGAGAGGAGAUUGAAGCUACCAAGAAUCAUGUUCUUGAGACCUUCUAUCCUAUAUCUCCCACUAUUGAUCUCCAGGAAUGCAACGUUUAUAAAGUGAAAGAUGAUACAGGAUUCCGGGAGGGAUAUCCUUACUGCUUUCCCCACACCCUGUAUCUCCUGGAGACGGCCAAGUUACAACCACACCGCUUUCAUCCAGAUAAGCUGCGGGCCAAGAUGAUUCUGUUUGCUUUUGGCAAUGCCCUGGCUCAGGCCCGGCGCCUCUAUGGGAACAACAGCAAGGUCUUGGAGCAUCCGAUAGUUGUGCAGAGCGUGGGCACAGAUGGACGUGUCUUCCAGUUCCUGGUGUUUCAGUUGAAUACCACAGAUCUGGUCUCUAACGAGGGGGUCAAGAAUCUGGCCUGGGUGGAUUCAGACCAGUUCCUCUAUCAACACUUCUGGUGUCGCCCGGUAAUCAAAAAGAAAGUAGUGGUGGAACCUGUUGGACCAACUAGUUUCCAGCCAGAGACAUUCAGAAAGUUUUUGGCUCUGUAUUUGCAUGGAGCUGUGUGAGCCAAGGAGGUUCUGAGGCCUGAGUGCCCCUACCCCUUCCCUCUGAGGAGUCUGCAUCCUGGGUGAAGCCAGGGCCUCUGCCCGUGUUCAGCCUGAUGGUCUCACUGGCAAUAAAGAGCCCUGAAUCAUA